AUGGAAUCUCCGAUUAAUAUUGGUGAUAUAACCACAAAUUCAAUUCAACAAAAACUAAUAGAUACUCAUAUAAACUCGGUAUAUAGUUCAGAUGUUACAUCUGCUAUUUACUCACGAAUGAAAGUUAUCCAAUUAACUAUUAAAUUUGGAGAAAAUAUUAAAUCAAAUCAUGAAGAAAAUUCAAUAUUAAAUGAAAUUUUUAUAUUAAGAAGGGUACAAGAUUCCUUUAUUAAUAUUAGUCAAUUACUUCAAAUCUUAGUUCAAUUGAAAUACUUAUCGACAUCACAAGUUAAAAGUUUCAUAAAUAAUGAGAUUUUAUCAAAUCCUGAAUAUUAUGGUAAUUUGAAUUCAAAAAAUCAUUCACAAAUUUUAAAUUACGCAAACAAUGAAAAUAAAUCUUUGAGAGGUAUAUGGAUAUCUUAUGAUAAAGCCGUUAAAGUAGCAUUAAAAUUUGACAUAUAUGAAUUGACAAAAGAAUUAUUCUUGGUGGAUGUUCAUGAUUUUGAGAAAUUACCAAAAUAUAAGAAAAGGUCAUUGGAUGAUGAUAAUGAUGACAUAAAGUUUGAUCAUAGUAUUGGAUCACCUUCUAAGAAACAAAAAGUAGACUUUAUUGACAAUAUAAAAGAAACUCCUACAUCCAAGCCAGCAUCAACAAACUCCAAAAAUUUAAUUGACAACCUUGCUGAACAAAACACUAAAUAUCCAUAUACAUUACCGCCUAAAUCUUUUGAUGAUAAUCAGCUAGACUUAACAAACGAAAUUAAACUAGUUUUAGGUGAAGUUUUCAAGAAAGAUGACAAAUUGGAAGGCGGAGUAUCGGUGGUAGAUGUUAAAAAAGAAUUUGAACCUAUUUUAGCAAAAUACUCAAAAUCAGAUUUACAAGAUAUUCCAUUAGACCAGAAGGGUCAAACUGCGUUACAUUUUGCCUCAACUUUAGCUUCAUUAAAUUUAGUUUCUACUUUCAUAGAAUUAGGUCUCAGUUCGCCAAUGAGAGGGAAUGAAUUGGGAGAGUCACCAUUAAUUUCAUGUAUUCAAGUCACUAAUUCAAUGGAAAAGGGAAAUUUUAAUGAAAUUUUAACAAAUUGGCUUUAUCCAAAUAUCUGGUUAUUUGAUAAAAAAGGAAAAUCAAUUUUGCAUCAUUUAGCAUUACAAGUUGAUAAAAAUGAAAGUUAUAAGUUUUAUUUAACCAAGAUUUUGGAGUAUAUAUUGUUAUCAAAUGAUAAGAAUUUUCUAGAGUUUAAAGACAAGAUUAUAAAUUCCCAAGAUGAGGAAGGUAAUACUCCAUUACAUAUUGCAGUUGAAAAAGAAAAUAAAUGGAUGAUAAAAAUUUUACUUGAAUUAGGUGCAGACAUUAAAAUUACAAAUACACAUAAUAUUAAAUGUGAAGACUUUGAAAUAUUGAAUGAUUUAGAUAAGGUUGGGGUAGAUGAACAUAUUUUCCAUUUAAUACGAACAAGUAAUGAAUUUUUAAAUGAACGCAUAAAUACAGUUGGAGUUGAUAAUAUAGCCGAAAUUGAAGAAGUUAAAGAAAUCAAACCAAUUGUAGUGUCAUCUGAAGAAAAUGGCGAACAAACCAAUGUCUCAAAUAAAAUUUUUAAUAGCAUACAACAAUUAUUAUCAGAUACUAAUUUUGAGUAUGCAAAUAUUCUUAAUUCCAAAAGACAACAAAUUAAAACAUUGGAUCAAGCCUUACAUGAUGCUACUAUCAUAACAGCAAAUAAUAGAUUUCAAACUAAAAAAUUAAAGGAAAACUUAAUAAAAUUGGACAAUUUAAAAUUACAAGUAGCAAAUGUAUCUGAUAAAUUGAUCUUAUCAAAACAAGAGUAUUUUAGUGACAAUGAUCUUCAACAAGAACAGUUCAAUGAAGUCCAGAAUUAUGAUGCUGAUGAACCUUUUAUUAUCAAACCAAUAUAUGAAAAGAUUAUAAAUAAUGAAUCAUUGGAUGAUUUGAAAAAUGAUCAAAAUAUAAUGAAAAAUUUACAACCGGUCAAUACUUUGAAGGCAAGAAUAAAUGCGUAUAAACAAAUUAAUGAAAACCUAGAGAAUGAAUUACAAAAUUUAAUUGACUAUAGUGAAUUAACUUCUAAAUUCAAAAAUGUUGUCAGUAUAUGUACAAAUGUUGGUAUUGGGGAAGUAGAUGAGUUGCUUAAUGGGUUACUCGAGGCCGUGGAAGGUCAACAAUAG